AUGGAACUCCUGAAAGCAAGAGAAAAAGAUUUGAAGGUUUACCUUAUUAUGUCUGUACCACCUGGUGUCUUUGAAAGUCGACUUGCAAUACCUGGAAUCCACUGGUUUCACCAAAAACAUAAUAGGAAAUAUAUUGUAAUGGUUCGAGAAUUCCAUGAUAUCAUAAUGGGUCAGUUUGCAGGUCACCAUCACACAGAUACGUUCAGAGUUUUUUUUGCAACAAAAAUGGUCUACAGCUGGGAGGCGGACGAGGCGUGGCGCGUGACGCACCACUACUUCCACUUCGACCCGCUGCACGGCAACCACCGCGUGGAGGACGUCAACUUCCAGUGGACGGACGGCGUGUUCGGCGUGGCGCUGUCGCGGCCCGACGCGCAGGGCGAGCGCACCGUCUUCUUCCACGCGCUGUCCAGCCUGCGCGAGUUCUCGGUGCCGGCCGGCGUGCUGCGCAACCGCACGGCCGCGCUCGCCGCCGGGCCCGACUCCUACUACCACUACCGGGACCUCGGCUUCAAGGGCAACGACACGCAGGCCACCGCCUCCUACCUCGACCUCGGCACCGGCGUGCUCUUCUUCACGCAGCUGAACCGCAACGGCGUGGCGUGCUGGAACACGCAGAAGCCCCUGGAGCCGGGCAACGUGCACUUGCUGGUCAGCGACGGCGAGCGCUUCUCCUUCCCCAACGACCUCAAGGUGGACGCCGAGGGCACCCUCUGGGUGCUCACCGACCGGUUGCCCGUCUACGUGUACAAGGGCGGCCUCGACCCCAACACGGUCAACUACCGCAUCUUCUCCGCGGCCGUCAAAGGCCUCAUCAAGGGCACCGUCUGCGAGGCGUAGUUGGUCGCCGAGGCUCGACGAUGAGGCCGCAGAACUGUCCAGCGCAGCACUUCUAUUCAGCUCCCCUCCUCGCUCUUUUGUUAUGCUAACAACUCUGUGAAGGCGUAUAGUCAUCUGAGGACCUGAACUUUUCAUCAGUUAUGUUUUUUCAUUCAACACUCUCGUCUCCGCUCGUCGAAACCUCUUAGUCGGCGAAACUCUAAUACUUUUUUUCUUCUGCUCGUGGAGCAACGAUUAGUCAAAAGAGCACUUGGAACUCGCCUUAUUAAAGGACUAGACCCUUUAUCACACCGCACCCAAUCUAUCAAAGCAUCAGUAUUGCUGUAUCAAAUUAUAAUGUGGGUUUAGGUCCAUCAAGACCUGACUUUUGGCAGAAAAAACGCUUACGGUGAACAGUGAGGUGUGUUUGGAUGGACGUAGCUUAAGGUAAAGUCUGGGUUCCAAUCUUUUAAUCUCCGUGAGGGGCAGAAUAUUCCUCUGGUGAACAGACUGUUUUAUUCAUGAGCUACAAAAACAUUUGUUCUGCGGUUCGUUAUCAUCAAAUUAAAAUGUUUU